AUGCAGUGCGACGAACCAAGCGAUGCUGCGAGUAACGUUUCAAUGACUUCCUCUGAAUCACUGUUGAGGCGUCGCCCGCUCAUCACGCUGGGGUGGGAUAUGGUGCUUGCGGAGGAGCGCGCAUUGCAGGCCACCGUCACCGCUCCCACGUUUAUCAACGACGGUGGCAGUGGGAAGCUUGCAAUGGAAGGGGGGGAGGACGGCGUCGAGAAGGCCGUCCUGAACGGUGGCACUGCACCAACACAAGCAGGCAGAGUGGAGGAGGUGCAGCGCAGGGCUGGAGACGCGCAUGUGUGGCGUGGAGACGCUCCAGCAGUGGGCACUGUGUUUGCCCUUACUGCAGAAGCGGCGGUGCAGGCAGAGGUGACACGGCGGUCUUCCCCUGUGACGUCUCACUGGGCCACUUCCAAAGACUCUCCGCCGGCCUGGACGAGGCCGUCAUUUGUGGGAGAAAGCCCAUCUCAGAAGUUAUCACAUGCUGAUAAUGUGGUUCGGCUGCAGGAGGUGUUCCCCUUUAUCGGGGGGCGACGCCAGCGAUGCGUAGGAGCAUGGUCAGACGCCGAUGGAGACGGCACCGCGGAUCGAUGGCUCCGGGAAUCGGAAAAAGAAGGGAUGGUGGGACCAAACGAGUGGGACCUGGAACGUUUCCUUCCAAGCGACUCCGUGCAUGAGCCAGCAUGUGUGGUUGGCAACACUCACGACGCGAGCAACCUGAUGAAGCGAGGUGAGGGGCGGCGGGAGCCGGGUAGGGAAAUAUUCCCAGCGUUGGAGAAAGAGCGAAGCACGUUUUCCUGGCAGGAGAUUAUACAGGCAUCUGGAGGACGAGACAAAAAGGAUACAGUAGAGGAAGGAAGGAUAGAGGCUCUGCAGCCAAGAGGGGCGUCAGUACCACAGCAGCUGCACUGGCUUCAGCAGGAGCCGAGGCAUUGUGAAGAGGACCUAGUGCCUCUGCAGCGAGAACAAAUAGCCGCGGACGCGGAGGCCGUGGAGGAAAUGCAAAUAACUGCAAAUGAGUUGGCGCAUCGGGUGCUAAUGGCUGAGCGUGCGUUUGCUGAGGAGCGUGCGGAGUGUGCCGUGCUGCGCGAAGACUUGACUCGCUGUCUGGAGAUGUUCGAAUUGCCGCUGCAGGCAAACAUGAGCGCUCUGCGCGAGCUGCAGUCGGAGAACAGGCGUCUUUCUCAGUCGCUUGGGCUGUGA